UUUAUAAUUCAGUUUAGUUCCUUUUUCUAUAGUCUAAGCAUACAAAAUUUGUACUUCUUUUUUCAAAAUUUUUUGUGACCUUUGGCCACAAACGUUUAAAUAUUAUCUUGAAAUGUUUAAGAGGUCCGCGUUAAGUCUAAGCCGGUUCACACAAUCUUCCCUUUUUCGCAACCACCACUUCAGGGUUCUGGCAAAUUUACAAAAUGAAGAAAUUUGUAAGCCUGAUGGACUUCCUAGUCAGAGGCCUAAAAGAUUGGGCGAAGGCUCGAUCGGCGUGAUCCGCGUCGAAUCUUCUGAACUCCCCAACCCCAUGCAACAACAUUUCCUGGACGAUCUGGAUCAGCAAAAGGCCCAACGGAUUGGCUUAAACCGAUGGUUAAAAAAUGGAAAUCUUGCAGAUUUAGAAAAGAUGAAAAGAGAGUGCCGGAAGCUGGUGAAAGAGAUCACCAUGGAAGGCAAUGAUAGCGACGUAAAAAAGGUCUGCAAGGAACUGGCCCAAAAAGAAAAGUCCGAAAAGGAAAAAAUAAAACAAAAGUGCAGGGAAUUGGCAGCAAGGGAAAAGUGUGAAAAAGAUAAACUUAAAAAGAUUUGCAAGGAACUGAACAAGAAGGAUAAAUGCAAAAAGAAGGAUAAGUGCAAGAAAAAGGAUAAGUGCGAGAAAAAAGAUCCUUGUGAGGAGAAAGAUCCUUGUGCGGAAAAAGAUCCCUGCCUAAAAGAAGAUCCGUGCGCUAAGAAACCCAAAAAAGUGGAUCCUUGCGAGAAAGAAGAUCCUUGCAAAAAAGUGGAUCCGUGUGAUGUAAAGAAAAUUGAUUGGAACAAGAAGUGCAAGGAAAUAGCCAAGAAGGAAAAGUGCAAGAAAUUGGCUGAGAAGGAAAAGAUGAAAAAGAUGAUAAAAGAGUGCAAAAAAUUUGCCGAGAAGGAAAAAUGCCGAAAACUGGCCGAGAAAGAGAAAUGCAGGAAAAAGGCUAUGAAGAAACAAAAGGCACAAAAGCCCCAAAAGAGCGAAAAGGACCAUUCCAAGAAAAAGUAAAGCAAGACUCAACGCGGACCUAACCAAAAAAUUUAUCAGUAGCUUAAAACAUUUAUUGAUGGAUAAAAUAUCUGACCCUAAUAACCUCGAUCAAGAUUUUAUGUAAUGCUGGCAGAAAUUCUUUUUUUUUACUUUUAGGUUAUUUGUUGUAAAUAAAAUAAUUUAAAAGUA